AUGGCUGCAUCUACCACAAUCUCCCAGCCCCCACCGGCAAACAACAAUAGUAAUCCAACUCGCCCAGCUGCCGCGCUUCCUCUACAAACGCCGGCAAUUACCAGCAAUUCUACUCACGCUACACCUACCACCACUAGCACCGUCACAUCCUCACUCACAGCCCUAUCUCAGCCUCAAAACUCGCCCAACUCUGCAAACUCCAACACUCAAAAUAAGUAUCGCCCUCUCAACGUCAGAGAUGCCCUCAGCUACUUGGAUCAAGUCAAGGUCCAGUUUCAAGACUUCCCUGGAGUCUAUAACAAAUUUCUAGAUAUCAUGAAAGAUUUUAAAACCCAGAUGAUUGAUACUCCGGGUGUCAUAGAUGGCGUAUCAUCUCUCUUCCGAGGUCACCCUUCUCUGGUCCAAGGCUUUAAUACUUUUCUACCGCCCGGAUAUAGAAUUGAUGUGUCUCAGGGUGAUGGACCCAAUCAAAGCGGAAAUGUACCCGCGUAUAGUCUGAUCACUGUCACUCAUCCCAUGGGGAUCCAGACUCAAAAGAGGGUCCCCUUACAGACAGGAGGCGAGGAGAUCGGAUCCCAUGUGGUCCCCGAGUCGGCAACCAGGCUGCCUCCGGCACCAACAAGCGAACAACCACCCCAACCAACGCGCGAAAACGUGAAUGUGAUGAACUCCACCAAUCUCUCGACUCAUCCCGCCCCUCAGAAAUGCCUCAAUGAACCUCCACUACCCCCGGUCGUCGCUCUGAAGCCUAAAUCGAUCACACUUGACGUCAUCGCAAAUUUAAAUAGGAAUCCCAGUCCAGUUCCAUCAAGCAAUCUAAGUACCGACCAAUCGAAGCCUACAGUUAAACCACUCGAGUUCAAUCAUGCUAUCACCUACGUCAACAAGAUCAAGAAUAGAUACGCGAGUGAUCCUAAAACUUAUCAAACGUUUCUUGACAUUCUUCAAACUUACCAAAGAGAUGCUCGACCAAUACAAGAGGUAUAUGAGCAAGUCAACCAACUUUUCAGUGGGGCGCCCGACCUUUUGACCGAAUUUAUGCAAUUCCUGCCCGAUCCUUCUGGCAAUGCUGGGCAACUUGCAGCCACAGACUCGACAAAUGCUACUUUUCUGAACUCCGGGGCGCCAUAUAUUGAUGAAUCUCGUCCCACACACUCCACCUCUGCUCAAAACAUGCCUUCCACUUCCAAACGUCAUCACAAGGAUACGUCACACAAUCUUUCUUUAGAUAGUAAAUAUUCAAUGGCUUCUCGUUCGGGCCUAGCCGUUAUGAACCACGAAGACCAAAGUUAUACCCAUUCACAACACUCGAGCAAGAAAAGGAGACAUCCAGCCGGAGGCACUGUACCCAAUUACUCCGGACCUUCAAAUGAAUACCAUGCGCUUGGUGGCUCUAGAACGCACAGUUCGCUUCAAGGAUUCGGCGUCAAUCAAGUUGGUGAAAUGAAUGGCGAAUUUAAUCAUACGGACACCUUUAACCACACCAGCCCCGGUCGAGGGGUCAAGCGGAAACAUCGCGCAGUCAACAAAGAUUCAACUACUUCAGGGGCCCCAGUCUCGGGUCUUCCUCCGCCCGGAUUCGCCCCUCACGGCUCUGCAACUAUUGGAGAAGCAUACAGUGCAGCAAAUGCCACGAACCAGCUUUUGGAUCGAACCAAACGAAAGUCCCGCAGCAACCCACCAAAUGCUAACACAUCAGACCUCAACCCCAGGCACGGCUUAGAUAUUCCCCCUAGACAAAGCACAGCGAAAGAAGAAUUACUAUUUUUCUACCAUCUCAAGAGUUAUUUUGAAAACCAAACAACAUACAUCGAGUUUCUCAAAAUUAUCAACCUAUUCACUCAAGAUUUAAUCGAUCUCGAGACACUCGUACUUCGAAUCGAACCGUUUCUAAUCAAUUGUCCCGAACUGUUCUCAAGAUUCAAAGAUAUCGUCGGCUGGAAAGAUGACCUCACCAUGCGCAAGACCCACAGCCCGCCAAAUGGACAUCUUCUAAAAAAAAAGACACGCCAUCAUCAUGAUCAAAUGAACCCACCGACGCUUUCCGGCUCUGAAGAUUCACCAGAAUGCGGACCAAGCUAUCGAAUUGUUCCUGAUUCUGAAUUGUCAUCAAAUUGUUCUGGGAGAGACGCGUUAUGUCGAGAUGUAUUGAACGACAAGCUAGUAUGCGGUGCACCCGCGACAAAUGAGGAUGAGCAAAUUUUCCUGCCGCGACAAACAAACGCUUUCGAGAGGGCACUUUAUCAGGCUGAAGAUGAGCGACAUGAAUAUGAUUACCACAUCGAGGCCAACGUGAGAACUAUCGCUCUACUGGAACCCAUUAAUCUUCGAAUCCAGCAAAUGGAUCCCGAGACACGUGCUGAAUAUCGGCUCAAACCGGGGCUUGGUGGCCAAAGUAAAAGCGUCUACCAGCGGAUUAUCAAAAAGAUUUAUGGUAAACAGCAAGGACAGGAAGUCAUUCAGGCGCUUCACGAAAAUCCCGCCCUAGCGGUUCCGAUCGUCUUGGCUCGACUAAAGCAAAAGGACGAAGAAUGGAAAAAAGCGUUGAGAGAUUGGAAUAGAGUAUGGAGAGAAGUUGAUGGUAAAAAUUAUUGGAAGGCGUUAGACCACCAGGGGAUAAGUUUCAAAGCAGUCGACAAGAAAAUCAUCGGAAAUAGGAACUUGGUCAAUGAAAUUGAACUGAUCAAACGCGAGCAACAGCAGAAACAGAAGUUACUAUUAAACCCAUCAAUGAUCCGAUUCCUACCGAAACAUCAAUUAGAGUUAGAGCUGAAAAACGUGGAAGUAUUCUAUGACGUUUUGAAAAUCUUCAUACACUUUCUUGACCAUGUAUCCAAUUCGACUGGGCUAGAUGAUACUGACAAGGAUCGGAUCGAGGCGCAACUCAAGUUGAUUGUGACAUUAUUUUUCAACAUCCCGGAGGAUGAAUUCGACAAGCAUCUCACUCCUCUACCACCCGAGAGGAAAGGUGCCGAAAAUGACAGUAAUCCGACCAGAAAUCUCGACACGGAUGGAAAUGAGACGGCUUACUCCGAAGGUGACAUGAGUGACGUCGCUGGCAGUGCUCCGAACAACCCGGGGGAGGAUGAACGGCCCGAGGGGGCAGUCGGAAGACCGAGCCGAGGAGCUUCUGGUCGAAAGCGAGGACCACCAGCGAAGGAAGGAACGACGACUACCGCUGGGAACACGGAUCUCAGGAAGAGGGCAAUGAAGAACGCGAGUAACGGCGGAGUUAUCUGUAACGAACGAGCAUCUGCCCGGCGAAUGGAGUCGAACAAAAAAUCAUUCGGUUCGCGAACUUCUCGUGCCACAAGUCCAACAGGAGAAGCUGCGGCUUCACGACAUGAAAUCAACAAUGCCGGACAACCCUCGGAAUCGUCUCAUGCCGACCCAGCAGAUUUCAUCAAAACCUCAUCCGCACGAGACCAAAAGCCCCCGCAGGCAGAUCACACAAAUGGCAGUGCCGCCGAAGAUUCAUCAUCUGCAGUGUGUCAAGAUGCUAAUAGCCUGGGUGAACAGUCCCAAUCUUCUGCGAGCAGGGCAAUCCAAGCAAACGAAGUGCAUGAAGAUCUGAAUGAUAAUCCAAGACUUCAAGAACUUCGACUCAGUUUCUUUGCGAAUAACGGAUUCUAUUGCUUUUUCAGGCUCAUGCACAUUCUUUAUACCAGAUUUGAGACCUUGAAGCUCGCCAGUCUUGACAUGGACAUGUCCUCUCAACGCUUCUCACCUCCAAACACUGAUCCCGUUGCUCCUAGUGCAUCUGAUCCAAUCACCCCAUCCUCUCACUCCCGUCGGCACUUCAGCUCUUACAAGCAAAUGCUGGCUUCGAUCGAAAACUUCAACUCAGGUGUAAUCGACCAAGGUACAUUCGAAGACGAAUGUAGAAAUUUGUUUGGCAUCAAAGGCUACCUUCUUGUUACAGUCGAUAAAGUUUGUCAAGCAUUGGUAAAAGUACUUUCCCAUCUCAGCCAUCAUCAUGGAUCGAAGAAAAUCUUGGAAUUGUUUCAGAUUCAAAAGAAGAUGUAUGAUUCGGACCGAGUGAAUGUGACCGAUUGUCAAAAGCUUAGCUAUCGACGCUCAGUCGAAUCGUUGACGGGUAACGGGCAUGAAUCGAAGGUUUACAGAAUUGAAUGGGUUUCCUCAUCCAGGGCGAUUCGGAUACAGCUAAUCGGGGGCGAUGAAAUCAGUCAAGAGGAUUUCGAUGCGAUUGAAAAGGCUUGGUCUGAUUACAUCGCUAGCUUUCAAGACAUGUCUCUCAGUAGAACCCUUGGUUUAGAAAAUUUCAAAUUAAAUCCGCCGUUCUUGAAUAGGAAUAUCAAACUGGUUAAAAAAUCGACCAAAGACGAGCCGGUGACAACAAAAGAGGAAAACGAUUUUAAAGAGGAAAACUUUAUCACCGAGACUGGUUUGGCGAUCCGAAUCUGUAUGAGGUCGUACAGGAUGUUUUUUCACCCCAACACCACCGAAAUGUUAAUGAGGAAAAAGAAGAAGCAAAUUAUUGAUCAGUCGGCAACCAGUGGAUAG